AUGUUUUGUACAGUUUCUCGUCGGACUCUUGCUCCUGCCCGGCUUGCUCAGAUAUGUAGUUCGCGGUUCGCUAGUACUCUUCGAUCGAGUCCUCACGUUUAUGUCCUCGACCAUCCUAUAAAUCCUCAAUCCAAGAUCUUCAGUCUCCUCUCGACAACACCUCCUACUGUCGAGCUUGCGCUUGGUGAGACGGAAGUUGUCCCUCCGGAGCAGGACCCCUCAGCUUUCCGCGAAAAUCCUCGGUUUCUCCAUAUCCUGCAUAGCGUUCUGGCCGAACAAGCAUGUCAAGACCCUCAAGUUAAAGCUCAAGCCGCAGCAAUGAUAUCCUCGUCAGGAGCGAGCUUUAUGCAAGUCAACCGAAGAACAAACACCGGCUCCUCUGGAGCGUCAGAUCAAGGUGGAUAUGGGUCUGCAGGUCGAGGUGGAUUCAUCCAUGUUUCGGACAACAGACGCCCCCCAGACUAUGGACGCAUAGCAGAUCCUGAGGAUAUUUUCGGUAGCUUAGAGGUCGAAGGUGAUGGGUCCUUCACGAAUGGUACGGGAAAAUACCAAGAGAGUGGAACGUAUCGCAUAGUGACCAGAGACGGUGUGCUAGGGCUUCCGGACUACCUGAGGCAGAGGCUCGUCGAGAGGCUUAGGAUCGAAGAAGCCGCUGUCAAAAACAAAUAG